AUGCCUCGCAACAACGACACCGUCACCAACCACGGCACCAACACUCAGGGGAACAACUGGGACACCCGUGUCGACAGCAACACUGGCGGUUCCGGCUAUCACUACUCCAACCAGGACGGUAGCUACUACUACCGGAACACCGAUGGUUCUCGGUACUACAACAGCGGGGAUGGCUACGCUCAGUACAAGUCUUCGGACGGUUCCACCAAGCAGUACUACGGCUCGAAGAAGUAG